UUUAGAUUGGAAUCGCCAUGGAACCCACGAAGGAGAAGAGAUGGUGUGGUUUGAGAACUGAAAAUGUCAGUUCAUAAAACAUUCGCCGUCGUUUUGCGGUUGAACUGCCAUUAUAAGAUGAAGGUAUUUGACAAGAAGAUGCAAGAACUCCGGAACACAUCUUUCAAGGUAAGCGCCACAUCCUUAGGGGAGAAAUUAAGAAGAUGUACACUCGCCCGACGAGCUACUUGUCCACUCUCGCGCCGUCUGCGGCCGAAAGUAUUUCAUCGCAGGAGAUGCGUUUCACAGCCCUCGUCGCUCGUCCGAGCGAACAGGCUCGAUCUCCCUACGGCCCUUCCGGCGCGCAACAUUCACUCGGACCGGAACCGGAAGUGCCGCCAAUGGGCCAAUCGCAGCGCAGAAACUCUUCGAGGGCAUUUUCAACAGUUUAAAGACUCUUGUUGUAAAGAUUGGAAAAUAAAUUAUGAGACGAUUCUAAGAGUGAAGAAGUGAAAGUAGAAUAAAGUAUGAGGUGAAGAAAUCGGAUAUUACUCUGCAGUAUAUAGAGGGUACGGCGAACUAGUUUCACCGCAAGACGACACGGUGGCAUAAUUUCAGGGGUAAUUGGCAGUGAUGGCCUUCAGCAGCGAUUUAUUAUGUCCUUAACACGGGCGAUGCAAGUGGAAUCAGUGGACUAGGUGGUCGGGAGAGCACCUAGCCUUUAGAAGAAAUAGUUUCACCCGUCAGAACUAUGAGGAAGAGAAACCAGAUGUGUCACGCAUAUGAAGGUGUUCAAACGCAAGUUGUAAGAAAUACCGACGGUAGCAAGAGUAGUUGGGUCCAGAAUUAAGAGCGAGCGUUCAUAACAAGACAGAUGAAUGAGAAGAAUAGU